CACAGACACGCUCCGCAGCAACAGGUGCGCAACGUUUCGAACCAGCCAUCCUCAGACUGUCGGGCGCGUUUCCAUCGAAUUUCGGCGGUUGUGGCUGGUUUUUCGGGGGGCGCGAGUGACGAUGAGGGGUGCCCUCUGGUGGCUGGUGGUGGUGUGUUCGUCGGGCGUCGUUUUGGCGUCGAAAACGGCGACGUCGGCGUCCCGUUUGCCGCGCACGAGUGCGGGACAGCUGGCGGCGGCGGCGGCGGCGCAGAACAAGACGAUACGGGAGAUCAGGAAUAAUGGGAGGGACGGGACGGGGCAAGGAAGCGGAGGAGCUGCUCCCAGUAGGGGUGGCAACGGUAGGGCUAGGGAGCAAUACAUGUUCGACGUGUUCGAAGCCAUCAUCUCGACUCUGGAAUCCAAAUUGCAGAGGAUCGAAAACCUCGACAAGGCAGUGGAACACCUGAUGAGGCGUGUCGAAGGCCUCGAUACGAGAGUGAACAGCAACAUCGACAAGACCGAAUCGGUCAUAUCGAAGCUGCGCACGCUCGACUCCAAGCUCUUCCAAACGCCCAAUCGGCUGCAGUUCGACACCAGGAAGCCCGAAGGCUUCACCGAAGCUGAAUCAGUGGGGUUGAACAAGAAACUGGUCGCCUUGGACAGGAAAGUCAGCGAUAUUGAUGACAAGCUGAGCGUCCUCAAGAACCAGCUGGACACCAACUCUUUGCAGGGCGAAGACAUCAACGCCGAAGCGAGCGAGAAACGCUCCGUGAGUAUGAACGUGGUAGAAAUCACCAAGGCCCUCAACACCGAAGUCAUCGACCACGUGACCAAGGAGCUGGGCCAGCUGCGGGACGCCACUGGAGCCGUGGACAGGAAGCUGCAGUUCCACAUCAACCUCGUGCAGGAGAACUUGGGCAAGGUGUUGAAUAUGAUGACCGAGCUGCACAGAGCUGUGAUCGGGGAUUCGAGAAGAGACAGUCGGUUCUACAACAGGACGACUACGGAGAAACCUGAGCUGCUUGCUACCACCAACAGCGAUGACUUGGUGCAGCAGGUCAAACAGACGCUCACAGUGUCCGAGAAGAUGGACGAGGUUUGGAACGUCGUGGUAGGCACCAAAAGCUCUGUCGACGACUUGGUACCGAAAUCCGACGAGUUGUUGACGCAGACGCAAAGACAAGAACGCGCUAUCGGCGAAAUACACAACGACCUCAAAACCAAAACCAACAAGAUAAUAGCCAAUCUCGACAAGGUAGAAAAACGCCUGAAGAAACAGGAAGACGACGUUGCCACAUUGGCUCAAAAACCCGUCCCUGCCGAAAUCCUGCUUGAUCCCUCCAGCCUGGACAACCUGGAGGAGUACGAGUCUGCGCGAUUCGUGGAAGACGACGGCGCCGAUACGACGUACUCUGUGGGGGAAGUGGGGGAGACGACGUACGCGGUGGGGGAAACGACGCUGCCGACGCCGAUCGCGCGGGGAACAACGACGGAGAGGCGAGUGGAGAAAAGGAAGGGUGGGGUGAUUUUUCCGAGUGUGAAGAAGAAGCCGACUAAUGUCAAUUCGACGUUUAUUACUGCUGAUGUUUCGCAGAAUAUCAAGGAUGUCAAGGGUUAUUCUUGCGUGGAUUUCCUUAGUGCCGGAAUGAGACAUUCUGGUGUCUACUAUCUUCAAAUCAGAGGUACCACCUACUGGUUUUUGAAAGUAUUCUGCGAACAAGAAGUAGCUGAUGGUGGUUGGACUGUCAUCCAAAGACGGGACGAUUUCGGGUAUCCCCGUGAAAAUUUCAACAGGGACUGGAACGACUACAAGAACGGCUUCGGAGAUCCGGCCAAAGAAUUUUGGCUCGGCAACGAAAACAUAUACAUGCUCACCAACAACGAAGAGUACUCACUCCGAGUGGAACUCGAAGAUUUCGAAGGGACUAAAAGGUACGCUCAAUACUCUCACUUCAAAAUAUACUCAGAGGCAGACUACUACAAGUUGGAAAUCGAUGGGUAUGAAGGAAAUGCCGGGGAUUCACUAAACGAUCCAUGGUACGGAAGCAACAACAGUCCAUUUUCGACAUACAACAGAGAUAACGACAGGUCUAGCCUGAAUUGCGCGUCGAUGCUUAAGGGUGGAUGGUGGUGGAAGUCCUGCGGACGAGGACUUAAUGGGCUUUAUUUGAAUGAUCCACAGGAUCUGACAGCAAGACAAGGCAUCGUAUGGUUCCGAUGGAAGGGAUGGGACUACACCCUGAAAAAAUCGGUGAUGAUGAUCAAACCGAGAAGCUUCGUCGGCGGCACUUAAUUUAUGCGCAUAAUCCUUAGCCAAUUUAUAAUCGCCGGUCGAUAUCAUACUCUACCAUUAUUUCACCAGAACACAUGCAUACACACAUUACGAUCAUUCCAAUUAUUUAUGAAUCAAAAGAAAAUUUCUAUGCAUAGAAAUUCACCAAGAAAUCACCUACUUUACCUCAUAGACAUAGGGCGAAUAUUUCUCCUUUUUCUUAUUAUUGUUUUUUUUUUGAGUAGCGAACGGUCAGUACCUACCGGUUACCGGAAAUCUGAUCGAAAAAUCAUAUGAUCACAACAUCAAUAAUUGAUCGAACUACAUUUUGAUCGAGUAAUUGAUUCGUUUCAUGCGUCCAAUAAUAUUCCAUUGGUUCGAACAAGAAAGCAGAGUCGAUUCUUUGAAAUCUAUCGCCACUUUUCCUCAUACAAUGUGAGAAAAUAAAAAAGUUACUUUGUAUUAUUGACAUCGACAGAAUGGACACGAAAUGAAGAUAAGGUAAUCUGAAAGUUUGAAAUCUCAAUUAGCGAUAAUAUUGUGGUCCUUCGAGCCGGAUCAGUUAACCUUUCAUCAUUAUCAUUAUUAUAAUUUCAAUAAGUAUUCAUGUAUCCCUAUUAUGAACAGAUAUGUUUCUUGAGAUGAAAAUGACAAUCAAUCAAGUAGGUUAUGUCAUUUUUCUCAAUUUAGAAUCACAAUUUUUUGAUAAAAAUUCAACUCGAUCAAUUGAUUUUCGAUCAAUCGAAUUAUUUCGAAUUUUUUUUUCUAAAAAAAGUUCUAGAAUAAUAUGAUAUAGAUACGAGUGUCUCGUUUUCAUCGGCCUUUUUUAUUCACAGUCUCCGUUUCGUGCAAAAAUAGUGUAAUUAAAGUGUAGGUACUGUUUUUUUAGAUGAUAAGAUAUAGUUUUUAAAAAUACACUAUAUUAAUCUUGAUUUAAUAUCGAAACACACUUCAGAUCAGGUUUUGAAAUAUCAUCAGUUUUUGACCUUCUCAAUGUAAUCACAUCAGUCGCAAAUUUUUUAAUACUAUUUUUACUGGAAUAUCUUAUAUUAUCGUUUGUUGAUUUACUGGAAUAUCUAUAUUAUCGUCUGUUGAUAAUACAGCUGUUGAUACGUCAAGAAAUUGCAGAAAACCAAAUGAGAAAAUGCUGAACCAAAUUUGAAAGAAUCAAGUUGAUGGCGGUCAUCAGCCAAAGACGACAACACAGAUUUUACCCAAUUAUUUGAGCCACCCUGUGUGUUUCAUAUUAUUUAUGAGAACCACAAAAUGAUAAACCACCAAUUUGUAUCACUAUUUGUACACAAAAGAUGACUAACAUUGUAUUACAUAUUAUAUAUGGCAUAAAAACUAUCCGAAUAUACCAACCUAGAUACGUAUUUCAGAAGGCCGAUGAUUAUAAAUUGGAAGAAACUCAUUAAAUUAUAAAGAUUAAACGGAAAAGACUGUGACUUAUCGUUAAAUGAAUGUUUGUAUUAUUUCGUCGAUAAGUUUGUAAUUAUACGUAAUGCGUAAGUUGUAACAUAAAAAAAAUGAAUACGACGAGGCUAACGGGACAUGUUCUGCAAUGUUCAAGUGAAGGUACGAAAUCCUAUUGUGGAUUAGCAAAAUGUGUACCUUAUAUAUUGUUUGUAAAUAAUAUUAUAUAUUUUUCAAAGUUGUAUAGAGAAUAAAAUUUAUUUUAAUUGAAAUUUAUAA